AAGGCGGUGGUUGCUGCUUGUUUCGAUUGUGGUACCCCAUGUGGGUAACCUGCGGAAUGAUAUAAUUGAGGAAGUGCAUAGCACCAAAUACGGGGGACAUCUGGGUAUCAAGAAAACCCGGUGGGCCUUAAGUGAUGUGUACUGGUGGCCUGGAUUGGGGACUGAGGUCCCGUUGCGUUGUGUUAAAUGCGUACGCAACAAGUUAGACACGAAAAAGCCCGGUGGUUUGCUUCAACCACUGGAGAUUCCAGACAAAACUUGGGAGAGUGUCUCACUGGAUUUCAUCACAGACCUCCCAAAAACACGCGACGGUCAUACUGCGAUCUUGGUCUUUGUGGAUCGAUUGACCAAAAUGGUGCACUUCGUUGCUACCACAACAUACGUAUCUGCGGAAGAUACGGCCAAGUUGUUUGUAGCACACGUUUUCCGCUUACACGGGUUACCGCGUGUGCUGGUGUCCGAUCGAGAUCCGCGCUUUACAAGCCGGUUCUGGCACGAAGUUACACGGACACUCGGAACGAAGCUAAAGAUGUCGUCAGCCUUCCAUCCCCAAACGGAUGGGCAAACAGAGCGGACGAAUCGUACUCUUGAGCAGAUCCUUCGUUCAUUCAUUGGCCCAACUCAGGAUGAUUGGGAUGACUUGUUACCUGUGGUUGAGUUCGCAGUGAACAAUUCUGUCCAUGAAGGUACCCAUGAAAAACCCUUCAUUCUGAACUGUGGUCGGCAUCCCACGACACCUGCUACGCAUGGGAUAGGCGGACUGCGAGUCCCUGCCGCGAAAGACUUUGAGGGCAAGCAGCAAGAAGCGCUCAAGUCUGCUCGCCGCUGGCUGCAGCUGUCUCAGCAGCGACAAAAGUCUUAUGCCGACAUGAAACGCCGGGAAGUCUCUUUCGAGGUUGGAGACAAGGUAUUAUUGAGCACGAUGAACAUUCGUCUCAAAAUCCAUGGGGCACGAAAGUUGUUCCCUCGAUGGAUUGGGCCGUUCGAGUUUCAAGACAUUCUUCCCAACGACCUUCCGCACGAGCUACCGCCAUACCGAACGCACCAAUACGAGAUCGUGGAGGAAUCAAAUUCGAAGCCGACCUUCCGAACACCAUACCGGCUGAGCCCUACAGAGCUCGACGACACGAAAAAACAGAUCGAGUAUCUCUUUAAGAAAGGACUCAUCCGACCAUCCACUUCACCAUACGAUGCCCCGGUACUCUUCACACCGAAACCGAACAAAAGCCUGUGCAUGUGCAUCGACUACCGAGCUCUCAACAAGCAGGCCAUAAAAAAUAAAUACUGAUUCCACGAAUCAAUGACCUGCUUGACC